CGCUUCAAUUUUAUAAGUGCUCAAAUCAAUUUUGUCUCCUCCAUAUUAGAGACAAUAAUUUUUUAGGAGGAUGUUGUAACUGACAAUCCUCAUUGUCUUUCUAUUUCUCUGGUUUACAAAAUAAUUUUGAUAAAAAAGGUGAAAAUCUAUACCGUGAAGAAUUUUGUCUCACCUACGUUCUUCUGGGUGAAAUCAGAAACCCUAGGAACAUAAAUUAUGACCACUUAAAAUUCGAGCCAAUUGAAAGUAAAAUUAAGGUUAGAAUCUCAAAAUUACACAAAGCACAGAAAACAAAUCACACAAUUAGGUUAAGGACAACAGCAAAAUCACACUUAAAAAGUUAAUCAACUUAUAUUGAAGGUAAACGUGUAUGCUGCAGCAAGAUAAAAGAAACCCCAAAAUGUAAAUAAUCUACUAGUUUUAUAGAUUAAAAGAUAAAAACAUAACAAAAUAAAGAGGAUGAAGACUCCUAGAAUUACUUGGAUGGUAUUGUUCGACUAUUCCUUAGCAUCCUUUUGAAUCAUGACAAAAAGGGAUGAACAUUCAUAGAAUAAGACAGUUUUUUCCUUCAUUUGAAGUUGGGGACAAGUGCUCUUAAUGGUUUUAAAUAAAUAAAAAAACCCUUCAUUUAGCUGUAUUAUUACUGAGCUAGUACUCAAUUUGUGGAAAAGAAAAACGAAAUAUUGUUUUCAAUUUAAUGAACCAAUCCAGGACAUAUACAAAGUGUCAUAUUUUCUUCAAUUCUGAUGAUAAAAGAAACUGAAUAUUGCAAAUAACACAAAAUGCAUAUAGCUUCUCUGGUUCAUUAUGCAAACCUGAAUGUUGGUUUCUUAUGGCAGGUGAGGGUGUUUUCAGAAAUAGAACCAAUUAUCAAGUCCGCGCUGGAUGGCUAUAACGCCUGCAUAUUUGAUUAUGGACAGACGGGCACAGGGAAAACAUUCACAAUGGAAGGCACAGAGGAGUUUCCAGGGGUUGUACCCCGUGCGAUUGAGGCACUUUUUAAGCACGCUGCGGACAGUAACCAUGCAUUUCUCUUCAGUUUCAGUAUGCUGGAGAUAUACAUGGGCUAUUUAAAAGAUCUCCUCACCCCACAUAGUCAGACUACAAAGUCAAUCUUCCCUUUACCACCAUGUCUUUCAAUACAAACACAUCCCAAUGGAGAAACCGAGAUUGAAAACCUUGUGACCAUCCAAGUAAAUGACAUGAACCAAGCCAUGAGACUGUACAAGUUAGGAUGUGGUUUCAGACUGCUUCCACAAAUUCCAACCGAACAUCAAGCAGAUCUCAUUGCAUGAUUCGCAUAUAUAUUUCCAGCAUUAGUGCUGGUAAACGGAGAAGGUUAACAAACAAACUGUGGAUGGUCGACCUUGGAGGAAGUGAACGUGUCCUAAAAACAAAAGCACUGGGGAGAAGAUUUG